CGUGGGUUACUUAGCAACGUACCGACCAAAUAAAAUUCUCUAAGUCAAAAUUUAUCAGUUGUUGAAAAACCGUUCGCUUCUAACUUACAACAUUUAAUAAUGUCGCAACUGGAGCUUUCAGGCAGACCAUCAUCUAUGGGUGGGGAGAAGAAGAAGAAAAAGACGUAUUUUAAAAUGACCAAAUCGGAUUCAAGCAUUUUUGCUAGUUACACUCAUUUAACUCUUGCAUAUAGGGUUGUUUGUCGAAUAAGAUAUUUAAACGCUCGUAAAGAGCAAAGAAGACAGUUCAUUAGCGAAGUGGCCGCUCAAGAAAUGCUUCAAGCUUUAGCUUUAGACGGCGUUAGACUUCACAGAGAAUUUUGCCAGUACAUUUUUUCGAAACCAAGUGCAGAAGAAAAAAUUACAUUCACCGAUAAAGAGGAACGAAGAUUAAUGAAAAUUAUGGAUAGUUAGAUUUAUUUAAAUCAUGUAAGAAUAGUGAAUUAAUAAACUGAUUAUAUAAUUU